UCUCAGAGAGUGAUAGAGAGAGGAAGGGAGCGCCUCAGAAGUUGGUGAAAGAGACGAAGUUCAGGAGGUUUUGGUGUUGGUUCAUUUGUUUUGUCAACUUUGUGAAUCUCUGUAAUACUGAUUCUGUUUCUCCCUGAAGAGGGAGAAAAUGGGUAAUAAAGACAAAGCAGUUUUGCAGAGCAAGAAUAGCUCCAUUAAAAAGAAGAGCCUUUCCUCUAUCCGUUCCAUCUUCAUGCAUGCUGACAGUAUAGAUAAAUUGCUGAUGUUCCUGGGUUUUCUUGGAGCUGUAGGUGAUGGAUUCAUGACUCCUGUCAUGUUGUUCAUCACUAGCAAAAUCAUGAACAAUUUUGGUUCUGCCUCCAAUACAGAUUCUCACGUCUUCGUUCACAACAUCAACAAGAAUGCUGUGGAUCUAGUCUACUUGGGAAUAGCCUGCUGGUUCGUCUCUUUCUUGGAAGGUUAUUGCUGGACAAGAACAGGGGAAAGACAAGCCACAAGGAUGAGAGCCAGAUAUCUAAAAGCUGUGUUAAGGCAAGAAGUGGGUUACUUUGAUCUGCAGGUUUCAAGCACCGCCGAAGUGAUUACGAGUGUCUCCGGCGAUAGUCUCGUAAUCCAAGAUGCUAUUAGUGAAAAGGUUCCAAAUUUCUUGAUGAAUAUGUCAAUGUUUAUAGGGAGCUAUUUGGUAGCUCUUGUGCUAAUGUGGAAGCUAGCACUAGUGGGGUUCCCAUUCGUAGUGCUUCUUGUCAUCCCAGGAAUGAUAUACGGGAGGACCCUUAUGGGUUUAGCGAGGAAGAUUAGAGAAGAGUAUACGAAGGCUGGUACCAUUGUUGAACAGGCGAUCUCGUCCAUCAGAACAGUUUACUCAUUCGCGGGAGAAAACAAGACCAUGGCAGAGUUCUCUGCAGCGCUUCAGGGAUCUAUAAAGUUUGGCCUGAAACAGGGCUUAGCCAAAGGUUUGGCUAUUGGGAGUAGUGGCGUCUCCUUUGCAAUCUGGGCUUUCAUGUCUUGGUAUGGAAGCAGAUUAGUGAUGUACCAUGGUGGGAAAGGUGGGACUGUCUUCGCCGUCGGAGCUUCCAUCACUGUUGGUGGCCUGGCAUUGGGGUCUGGGCUUUCGAAUCUGAGGUACUUCUCUGAAGCUUCUUCUGCAGGAGGACGUAUAAUGGAGGUCAUAAAAAGGGUACCUUUAAUUGAUUCAGAUAACAUGGAAGGUGAAAUUCUGGAGAGCGUAUCAGGGGAUGUUGAAUUCAAAAACGUCGUUUUCGCGUACCCAUCAAGACCUGAUAAUGUAAUCCUCCAAGAAUUCAGCCUUAAAGUGCCGGCGGGGAAGACGGUGGCCUUAGUAGGAGGAAGCGGCUCCGGGAAAUCAACUGUUAUAGCUUUGCUGGAAAGGUUUUAUGAUCCGCUUAAUGGAGAGAUUUUACUGGAUGGAGUGGCCAUUGAUGAGCUUCAACUCAAAUGUUUGCGCUCUCAAAUGGGCCUAGUCAGCCAAGAACCAGCUCUUUUUGCUACCUCCAUUAAAGAAAACAUACUCUUUGGGAAAGAAGAUGCCACCGUUGACGAGGUUGUUGCAGCGGGCAAAGCUGCUAAUGCUCAUAGCUUCAUAUCUCAAUUGCCUCAAGGAUACGAUACGCAAGUAGGUGAGAGGGGAGUUCAGAUGUCGGGAGGACAAAAGCAGAGAAUAGCAAUCGCAAGAGCAAUAAUCAAAGCACCUCGAAUCCUUCUCUUAGACGAGGCAACUAGUGCAUUAGACUCAGAAUCGGAACGGGUCGUUCAAGAAGCAUUGGACAAAGCAGCGGUGGGACGAACAACAAUUGUGAUCGCUCAUCGGCUCUCCACAAUCCGUAAUGCCGAUGUGAUUGCUGUGGUGAAGGAUGGGCAAGUAAUGGAGACUGGGUCACACGAGGAGUUGAUUCAGGAAGAUAACGGGUUGUACACUUCACUCGUCCGACUCCAACAAUCGGAGAAGAAAGUAGAGGACCCCACCACAAUAACGUUGGCGUAUUCCUUAUCAUCCAACCUUGGUGACAGGAAUAACAAUAGCAGCAGCAGUAGGAGACAGUCCAUGAUCAUUAGUAGAUCAAGCUCUGCAAGGUCAGAGAACAAUCAAGACGACAACGGUGGUGAGUCGACAGAGAAUGGAACCUUGCCUGUGCCAUCGUUUCGGAGGUUGUUGCUUUUGAAUCUUCCGGAGUGGAAACAAGCAAGCGUAGGAUGUGUGAGUGCGAUAUUGUUUGGGGCAGUGCAACCUAUAUACGCAUUUGUGAUGGGGAGUAUGAUAUCAGUGUACUUCUUACAUGAUCAUCAUGAGAUAAAGAAGAAGACGAUGGAGUAUUCUCUGUUCUUCACGGCACUGGCGGUGUUCUCCCUAUUGAUCAACAUAAGCCAACACUACAGCUUUGCGGCCAUGGGUGAGUACUUGACCAAGAGGGUUAGGGAAAGAAUGUUAUCUAAAAUUCUUACGUUCGAGGUCGGGUGGUUCGAUCAGGACGAGAACUCUACUGGAGCUAUUUGUUCCAGACUUGCCAAGGAUGCCAAUGUGGUGAGAUCACUGGUGGGAGAUCGAGUAGCUCUCAUAGUGCAGACCAUCUCAGCCGUUGUCGUUGCCUGCACCAUGGGCCUGGUCAUUGCAUGGCGACUCGCCAUCGUUAUGAUCGCGAUCCAACCCUUGAUCAUCGUUUGUUUCUACACGCGUCGUGUCCUACUGAAGAGUAUGUCCAAACAGGCCAUUAAAUCCCAAGACGAGAGUAGUAAGCUCGCCUCCGAAGCCGUCUCCAAUCUCCGCACCGUAACCGCUUUCUCCUCGCAAGCCCGAAUCCUCGCCAUGUUAGAACGAGCCCAGGAAGGCCCAAGUAGAGAAAGCAUUCGCCAAUCCUUGUUCGCCGGCAUCGGUCUCGGCACCUCCCAGAGCCUCAUGUCCUGCACUUGGGCCCUUGACUUUUGGUACGGUGGACGGCUAGUCUCAGAGGGCUACAUCACUUCCAAGGCCCUCUUCCAAACCUUCAUGAUCCUAGUCAGCACCGGUCGGGUCAUCGCUGAUGCUGGAGCCAUGACCACCGAUUUAUCUAAAGGAGCCGAUGCGGUUGGUUCGGUCUUCGCAGUGCUUGACCGAGUUACCCGCAUUGAGCCAGACGACCCGGAUGGUCACAAGCCUAAUAAAUUGACCGGUCGCAUAGAUAUUCAUGCCGUUGACUUUGCCUACCCAGCGAGACCCGAUGUCAUCAUUUUCAAAGGUUUCUCCAUUAACAUCGAAGCCGGGAAAUCAACGGCUCUAGUGGGUCAAAGUGGGUCAGGUAAAUCGACCAUCAUUGGUUUGAUCGAGAGAUUCUAUGACCCAUUGAAAGGAACGGUGAAGAUCGACGGAAGAGACAUAAGGUCAUACCAUCUAAGGGCCCUAAGGAAGCACAUCGCGUUGGUGAGUCAAGAGCCAGCAUUGUUCGCGGGGACAAUAAAAGAGAACAUAGCGUACGGAACUUCAGGUGAGGUGGACGAAUCAGAGAUCUUUGUAGCGGCAAAGGCAGCGAACGCUCACGAUUUCAUAGCAUCGCUGAAGGAAGGAUACGAGACCUGGUGUGGGGACAGAGGAGUGCAGUUAUCUGGAGGGCAAAAGCAAAGGAUAGCGAUAGCAAGGGCGAUACUGAAGGACCCGGCGGUGUUAUUGUUGGAUGAGGCUACAAGCGCGCUUGAUAGUCAGUCGGAGAAGGUGGUCCAAGAGGCGUUGGAGAGGGUGAUGGUUGGGAGGACAAGCGUGGUAGUGGCGCAUCGUCUGAGUACCAUUCAGAACUGUCAUCUCAUUGCGGUGUUGGAGAAGGGGAAGGUGGUGGAGAAAGGGACUCAUUCGGCACUUUUGGCGAAGGGAUCCUCCGGAGCUUACUAUUCCCUUGUCAGCCUCCAACGAACGCCCAGUACUGUUGCUGCUUUUGGUGCUAACUGAACUAAGGGUGUCUGGCCAUGAUCAUGAUUUAGAAUUUUUGGCUUCCCCUAAUCAAAAUCAACUGUGCAGAUAUCUAAGGAUGAAGCUAGCUAGCUAGAUUCAGCUUGCCUGCAAUUGUUGUUUCACGAGGAGAGAGUUUCAUUGAACGACUGUAGAACGUGAAGAGUGGAUCAGAGAGAGAUAGGAGAGUUGAACUGAUUUGUUUCUCUGAUCCAGAAUAAAUACGAAGAUGGUAUCAUGAUAUGUUAAAAAGCCAAAGGCUUUAUGAAAGUUAUUAGUAAAUAAUUUCAAGAUAUAAUUUAAUAUAAAUAAUUUUAAAUUGAGAGUACCAAUUUACCUA